CACCCACAGCCCCUAGCUGCAAAGGAGAGACAUACCCGCGGGCGAGAGACUGGGUAACCUGUGCUGUGUGUGUGUCAAGAGGAAGAAACACGACCAAUGUGAGAGAGGUGUGUUUAAGAUCUGCAGAACAAUCGAUCGAAAGCUAUGAAUGACAGAGAUGACCGACGAGCAGAGGUAGACAGCAGGCACUCAGCAUCGGGUUCAACGCCAACAUCCGUUCCUGAUAGCAGCAGCAACAGCAGUGAGCCGACAGAACCCAUCAACAGCAGCACUAGCGGAGAACCGGAGGUCUCAGCUGCAUCAGAUGCGACAGGAACAGGAACAGAUGCAGAAACAAGUACCGCUGUAGAAGUGGAGAUCUGUCCGACAUGUCAUCAAGAGGUGCCGAAGAACAACGACACAUCGGCAUCAGCAGCGGCGAUGGCGCCAGCGGUAGCAACAGCGGCAGCAGCAGCAUCCCCAGGUGCUCCCAACAAACGAAAAUCGGACCACACGGCGGACGAAUGCGAGCCGCGAGCGCCCAAAAGACGGGCAUGCGUGGACAGGAGCAAACCCCGAGCGCGCCUUACUCUAGGACAGAAGCUGGAGAUCCUGGACCUCCUCGAUCAGAAGAAGAUGAGCAGGGUGGAGAUUGCCGCCAUCUACAAGUGCUCGGACCGGACGGUGUCGAGUUGCUCCGUUAACCGUACCAUCCUUGAAGCCGAAGCCGCGUCGUCUACUCGCAAAUUGAAGUCCAAAGGGAGGCGCUCUGCAGGCUUCCCCGAGCGUCAAAAGAUGGCAAAUGGUUUCCGGAUAGGCGCCCCGGCGCCUGCCGUGUCGAAGCGAGCGAACCAAGUCGUGUCACUUGCUGGUGCAACGACCCCGCGCGCGAAGGCCAUCGCUCUCUUCGUGUUUGUCAGGGACUCUAUCAAGUUUGGGUUUACCAGCCGCUUCGACGCGGCGUCUCCCGAGGAAACCCUAGAGGCCGGUAUGGGCCACUGCAACCCCCAGGGGGCACUGUUCGCAUCACUGUUGCAGGCCCAGGGUAUCCCCGCUAGGCAACGGUUCGUCAACCUUAGCAACGGGGUGCUGCGCGGCGUCCUGUCGCCGCCCCCUGCUCGGCUUCUUCACAGCUAUGUUGAAGUCCAACUUGAUGGGCGAGUUGAUGGCGGCCCGCCAGACUGCAGCGAACUCGGACAGGACAGUCUGGGCUGGAUUCGAGUGGAUGGUUACAUCGCAGACCCGGCGCUGUUCCACGCCGCCCGGGCCAGGCUAGUGAAGGAGAAUAUGACGGAGGGGUAUGGGGUACACGUUAACGGGGUAAACGAAUGGGAUGGUGCCUCGGACAGUUUUUGCCAGAUGGCGGAGGAAACCACGCAGGUCACGGAGACCUUCGAGGCCUUUGAUGAGCCUGGGCUAUUCUACAGUUCACCGGAGAAUUUCCAACGCUUGCCGUGGCCAGUCCGCCUCGUUUUUGGGUGGAUCGUGAAAGGACCAAACUCGUCGAUCGACGCCAUUCGGGCGGAGUUUGCACCCCCGUCUGUAGAGAAGUAA